UUGUGGUUUCGCUUAUCGUUUGUUGGUUUCAUAGUUCUUGUAUUCUUGUAUUUAUGCUUGGCGACCUUGGCGUUAAAAAUGUUUAAUUAAUUAUGAAAAUUGAUUUUUUUGUGUUUUAAUUUCCUUUGGACAAUUAAUGAUUUCAACAUAAAUUUCUGCAGCAAACUCUAAUUUUAAACAUUUAAAAGUUCUUGAACCUGGACAAGUUUUCUUAAAAAAGAAGUGAAAAAAAACUUGGUUGACGUGUAAUGCCAAGAUAGAAAGAAGUUCGCUGCCAUUUAUGGCUGGUUGCUGGUGCCUCAAAUUAAAUUUAUUUAAGCAAUGAAUCAGACGUUAAGUUAGGUUUGUUACUAUAGAGUCCAAUUAGUUUAAAAUUUUGUACAUAAAAAUACAAAAAACAAAUGAGGUAGUGAAAACAAAAGUGUGUCGUUUAUACAUAAUUCGACGAAUCUUAACAAAUGUUUUGAUUUUGUGUUAAUUAGCUCACGUUGCUAUUUAUUGCAUCUAAUGGCAUCCGAAUUGACAAACCAGGAACAAACUUAUACGAGUUUUGCAUAUUUGUGAACCUGAAGCUUUCUCAUGACAAAAAAGAACUUGGAUUUAUUCUCAGCUACGUGUAAAACUAUAAAAUCUAGGUUGCCUUUUUUGAAUAUCGAUUGCUUGAUAAGAUUGAAUACAACUAUAACUAAAAGUGCCUUUUACGCAUCCAAACUUAAGUGAAGCCUUAUUUAAGUUUUUAUAUAGAAAAUGUUUUUACAAACUCCUAGGUUAAUUCAUUAUAAUUAACACACACACAAAUAUUUUAUAAUUAUAAUAGUUCAAUUCAAUCGUUUCUUGUCAUAAUGUCGAAUCCGGAGGAGUUAUGCAAGAAGCUCACUGCUGUACAACAAAAGUCAGCUCCACCAACAUUUCGUUCACCUGGUCAUCCAAUAGUAAACACCAACGUAUCACUACCUCCAAUUGUAGGUGCCUCAAAUCGAAACGCAUCGGUUUCAUCUGUUCCACAGUCUCAUAUAAGCGCGUUAGAACCGGAACGAACUUAUGUUUUUCCAGCAACAGGAACGGGAAAUUUAGCUGGUAAUAAAGUUGAUGGAAUAACCGGCGUUGUUCACGUCGAAGGCGGCAAUAGACAAUCAUUAUUAGGAGUUGGUGGAGCAUCCAAUCGUGGACACUCUCGGUCUGUGAGCCAUGGAGGUGGUUCAAUUCUAACUCCGAGUGGUAGACCGCUGAAAUCAGCAAUUAAAGGCCAUCAGAGAGCGUUUUCUCAAGGCCAGAUUGCCGAUUCACCCAAUACGAUUAUAACACGAGGUCACAGCCGUGUUGGAUCGAAAACAGAUUUUAUUCUCCCGCCCGGUCAUAAGGAUGAAACAGGAAAUCGUCCCUUUGGACCUUCUGCCCCUUCGUCUGCACAUGGAGGACAUUCUAGACAAGCUUCCCGCUCAGAAUCUAUUUACACAUUGAGGCGUACGGAAGCACCUUCAUGGUGGAAAAAACUGGGAAUGUGUUCUAAUGACAAGUUUGAAGAGCGUAACUAUCGUAUAGUUGUUUGUAAUCAUACAGUGCCAGCAAAAACUCCUAAACGAGAUCAUCCAAAUGGUCUCUAUGUGGGUAAUAAAAUACGGACCACUAAAUAUACAUUUUUGUCAUUUAUACCGAAAAAUUUACUGGAGCAAUUUCAUCGUGUGGCGAAUUUAUAUUUCAUUUUCAUUGUUUUACUUAAUUGGUUUCCGUCAAUAAAUGCGUUUGGCAAAGAAGUUGCAAUGAUACCAGUACUUUUUGUACUUGGAGUGACUGCGAUUAAAGAUUUAUUUGAAGAUAGAAGAAGAAGACACUCUGAUAAGAGAAUAAAUAAUACUACUUGCAGAGUUUAUGAUGGAGAAUCUGAAAGGUACAAAAAAAUCAAGUGGCAAGACGUUACCGUUGGUGAUAUUGUUCAUUUAUCCAACAAUGAAACAGUCCCUGCAGACAUUUUACUUCUAAGAACAAGUAAUCCACAUGGAGUUUGUUACAUUGACACCUGUGAUCUGGAUGGUGAAACUAAUUUAAAAAGGCGUGAGGUUGUGCGAGGAUUUACAGAUAAACAACUAUUAUUUUCACCCAGUAAAUUUGUAAGUCGUGUGGAAGCAGAUGCUCCAACAACAAAAUUGUAUCGAUUCCAUGGUGCGCUAAUUCAUCCGUCUGGCGAAAGGAUUCCAAUAUCUACGGAGAAUCUUUUGCUUCGUGAGAGUAGAUUAAAGAAUACGGAUUACAUUGAGGGUUUCGUUGUUUACGCUGGUCACGAAACCAAAUCUAUGCUUAACAAUAGCGGCCCUAGGUAUAAGAGAUCUCAAGUAGAGCAGCAAAUGAACAUAGAUGUUAUAUGGUGUGUCAUUAUUUUAUUAAUUCUGUGUGUUAUUGGUGCUGUAGGAUGUAAAAUGUGGCUUAGCUGUUUUAAAAAGUUCCCAGUGCCUUAUUUGCCAUUUGAAGUUGAUCCAGACUACGAAGGCCUACUUACAUUUUGGACUUACAUUAUUAUAUUACAAGUUAUGAUCCCACUUUCAUUAUACGUUACUAUUGAAGUGUGCAAAAUACUUCAGGUUUAUCAUAUCCAUAAUAAUAUUGAUCUUUUUGAUCAUGACACUAACAAAAAGACUGAAUGCCGCGCCAUGAACAUAACCGAAGAACUCGGACAGGUUCAACAUAUAUUUUCGGAUAAAACCGGAACUUUGACAGAAAAUAAAAUGAUAUUUCGCCGAUGCACCAUUAACGGUAAUGAUUAUAAUCAUCCAGCAUCCGAAUCUGAGAAACGUUGUACAAAACCCGAUUCUCCGGUUCCACCGCUAACGCCGAAUACUAAUCUUUUAGAAGACAUGGAACAUUUAAUCACCGGUCAGUAUUUCUCAUCAAAUGCUCAACGUAUUCAUGAGUUUCUUCUGGUGUUGGCCAUAUGUAAUACUGUUGUUGUAAGCGCAAGACCACAUCGGGAUAUGAUGAAUGCUAGUGGAGUUAUCGAAGUGCACCAGCAAACUGAGGAAUCUACAUCAACGCCAAAAAUUUUAUCAAGUUCGAAUAAUUCUAUAAAAAGCCCAAUUCUGCCAAAAGGACCACCUAUGGCAAUUUCUGCAGAUCGCUAUACUAGACUCCAAGAGUCACGUUCCAUUACACCGUCCCCACCGCCAAGCUUAUCAUUUACAUUACCAACUCAAAAUCACAUUCCUUCACUUUCGCCUAUAAGUAGCUCUGCAGAAUCAACACCAACAUCUGAUAGCCCACCAAUGAAAAUGAAAUAUAACCCGAACUGUCUUUCACCAACUGGUCGGGCCAAAGAAGUUAUCAACAACAAAUUCAAAACGUUUACUUCAUUCCUAAAUACAAAAACCCCAGUUAAACGCCUUGCAAAUAAAUUAAAACAACCUAAGGCUCAAACAGAAUUGCGCUUGGAAAAUACGCGACCCAUGUAUGAGGCUGAAAGCCCCGAUGAGUUGGCCUUGGUUAACGCAGCAUACAGCUACGAUUGUUGUUUAAUUAACCGAAGUCCUAACCACAUAUUAGUUAGUGUACCUGGAUCAGGAGUCAUAGAAUAUGAAGUCCUAAAAGUUCUUCCAUUCGACUCAAGCAGAAAGUGUAUGUCAAUCGUUGUACGACGAACAGGUGCACAAGAGAUCGUCCUUUACUGCAAGGGUGCUGACAGUACGAUUUUUCCCGUUUUAUCGGCAUGCGCUCCACACUCUGUUGAAUCUAUCGUCAAAGAGAAAACACAACAACAGCUUGAUACGUAUGCUCGCCAAGGUCUGAGAAUACUUGUAAUGGCAAAGAGGAAUCUAAAUGCUGCCGAGUACACCGAUUGGUGGGCGAGACACCAAGAAAUAGAAAUGUCUCUUGAAAAUCGCGAACGCAGACUUCGAGAAUCGUUUGCAAAGUUAGAAACUAAUUUAACUCUGCUAGGGGCAACUGGAAUAGAAGAUCGUUUGCAAGAUGGUGUCCCUGAAACUAUAUCGGCUCUUCUAUCGGCAGGAAUUGCUGUGUGGGUACUUACUGGUGAUAAACCAGAAACGGCCAUAAAUGUCGCAUACUCAGCUAAGCUUUUUAGUUCACAAAUGGAAAUAAUUAGACUGAAUGCUCGAUCGAGGGAUGCCGCAGAAUCUGCAAUUAUGUUUUAUCUUUCUGAGAUAGAGACAACGAGAGCGAAUAACUAUGAAAUGAAUACACGCCUUAAACCAAGAGCUCUUGUAGUAGAUGGCAAAACACUGACGUUUAUUUUGGAUUUAAGGGCGAAUUUGACAAGAUCGUUUUUGAAGCUUGCCAAAAACUGUACUUCGGUGCUGUGCUGCAGAUCAACGCCGCUGCAAAAAGCGUUUUUGGUUAAAGUUGUUAAAGAUGAAUUACAUAUCUCUACUUUGGCAAUUGGAGAUGGAGCAAAUGAUGUAUCAAUGAUUCAGAUGGCAGAUGUUGGCAUCGGUAUAUCCGGCCAAGAAGGCAUGCAAGCUGUUAUGGCUGCAGAUUUUACUUUGGCAAGAUUUAAAUACUUAGAAAGUCUGUUGCUUACCCAUGGAUAUUGGUGUUACGAUCGUUUAGCAAGGAUGAUUUUAUAUUUCUUUUACAAAAAUGCAGCGUUCGUAUUUCUCCUGUUCUGGUUUCAACUUUUCUGCGGGUUUUCUGGCUCCGUGAUGAUCGAUCAAAUGUAUUUGAUGUUAUAUAAUUUGAUAUUUACGUCCUUACCUCCCUUGGCCAUUGGAGUGUACGAUAAAAGAGUUCCUGAGGAAUUGCUUAUCAGUCAUCCAUAUCUUUACAAACAUGGACGUUUGGGAAAUGCAUAUAGGCCACAUGAUUUUUGGAUUGUGCUUCUAGAUGCUUUAUAUCAAAGCUUAGUUAUAUUUUUUACGGCUCAAAGCGCUUAUUGGGACAGUGAUGUAGGCAUUUGGGAAUUUGGCACAACCAUUACAGCAUCUUGCCUUUUCACAAACUUAAUACAUGGAGCUAUUGAAAUACGAUCGUGGACAAUUCUUCAUGUGUUAUCCAUGGUAAUGAGUUUAGGAUCAUUUUAUAUUUUCUCUUUUGUGUACAAUUCAUUAUGUGUCAACUGUUUUGGCUUGCCAUCGAGUUAUUGGGUAAUAUUCCGUUGUAUGAGUACUUCGAUUCACUGGCUGGUUAUAUUGUUAUCAUCUGUAGUAAGCAUACUGCCAAGAUUGUUUUUUAUUACAAUGAAGACAUCACUAUGCCCGGACGUUGGAACAAAUGUAUUAAUGCAAAGUAAAAAAGCUCAAAGAAGAGGUGAGGAAUUGUUAGUUACUUGGUCAAGAUCGACAUCUGCUUCAUCGAUAUAUAGAAUCCCCAAUAUUGGGACUAAGAAUCAGAUUAUAACAUCAAUUACGUGAACAUCAAAAGCAAAGAAAAGCUAAUCAUAGCAACGUAUUUUCACUUCUAUUAAAUCCCAUAAUGAGACGACUUUAACACUCACACUUGGCGAAUGAGCAAAAAGUUUUAUGGACAAAAAGUAUGGACACUGCACAACUGCACAAUUAAGACGUAAGACGUUUCGUAAUCUCACCACAUAAAUGUUGGAUUUAACUGCGUCCUAGGAAAAAAUUAUACCCACUUCUAGCAAGCAAAAUUUUGAUUGAGUUACAAGUAAGAUAAUGCAGUUGAAAAUUAAAAAUGUAUUUAAAUAUGUAAAUAGAAUUCACGAAAAGAUAACAACACAUUGCUUAAAAAUCAAAACGAAAAAAAAAAAAACAAAAAAAAACUCAGGUUGAAUGGUGCAGUUCGGAGGAGACUUUGCCUACGAAAGGCGGUGUAGUAUGAAAAGGUCUUGACAUUAAUUCAGAACGUACACAUUGAUCUGGAAAUCAAGUACUUUCGAAUGUAAGGAAUAGAAUGGGGACGGUUUAAAUAGGGACAAGUUGACUCCACCAACAUAUCGGAAACUAACUACAGCACUGUCUUUAUAGGAAAAAGUCUUUUUCAAUAACUGACCGCGAAAAAGAUGUGAAGGUAUUACUAAGUAUGUAAAUUUGAUUUGUUAUAAUGCUACUACAUGAAACAACAUUCUUUUUACCAAGACCAAUAAUAAUAGUUUACAUACCUUAUUCGUAACUUCUAAGAAAUUGUAAAUUAUUUAUCUAAUUUAUAAUGUAUAAUAAUUUAUUUUUUUUAAGUCUAAGUUUAUUUUAAAUGUAAGUAAAUUAGAUUGUUAUAUCAGUGGCCUUAAUAGAAAAAAAUACUAGAGCAAAUUCUUAAAUAGACCAAUUAAUAAAUAGACAAUUUUUUAAUCAAAUAAUGUUGCAGAAAUAACAACUUGUUUCAAAUAAUAUUUGUUAAAUUUCAAAUGAGUAGUUUUAGACAGCCUCCAACUUUUAAAAAAUAUUUUCUAUUAAAAUUAUUUCCUUAUUGUUGUGUUUCUCUUUAAAAUACGUUAGAAUGAUUAUUUUUUAAUUUAAAAUUCCGAAUUUUUUAAAAUCUCCUUAAAUUCAAAUCCUUAACUCAGUACUUGAAUUGGUCUUAGCACAUAUUUUGAAUGCGUAAUAAAGUUAUGACUGUGGGACAGUUCAAAAACACAAUCUUUUUGUAGGACCAAACACGUUUUAAUGUAACUCAAUUAGCUGACGAGAGCAUUUCGAUUUGCCGCUGAAUAAAAUGCUUUAGAUCUCUACUACUAACUUCUCAAUUUCCUCUACUGCUACUUUUUUCUACUCUUUGAUAAGAAUCUCUCAAAAAACUUGAACUUUCAGUCACUAUAAAAGGAUACUAAGCAAAAUUUUCAUAAAAAAGAGUUUUUACAUUCCUUCAUUAUAAAAUUUGAAAAAUAUUUUUAAAAAAAUAUAAAAUGAAUCUCCAGGAACCUGUAAUUUUCAGUGUCUUGAAGUCAUAUUAAUUGAGAAUUUUACCUUCCAAAGUCUUUUACGGUUGGAUUUUGUAAAUAUUCUAUUCCUAUGAAAUAUGAACGAUUUUACCUUUUCCACCUUUUUUUUUGUGAAUAUCGAGAAACUAUUAAUGUCCAAGGGAGAUAGAGCUGAGUUUAAAAUAUCAGCCUUGUUGAUUAUUUAACUAACGUUGAAUUCUUUGCAUCCCCGUUUACCAAUGUAAACAGUCCUUUGAGAAAAAAAAGCGAAAGAAUCUCGGAUCAGUUCCCUUUCUUCUUGUAAAAUGGUAACCAAUUGCUAAUUAAAAAACAUAAUCAUUAAGUUCGACAUAAAUGCGCAAUAUUUACUUUUUCUUCAGCAUAAAACGUCUCAUGACUUCUUCUAUUGAACUUAAGCAUUAAAAUAUCGUUUUGGUAAUUGGGCUCACAAGGUAUACAAGAGUACAUUUUCGCGUAAAGUACUGUUCAAUAUAAUCAGGUAUACAAUAAAGUAUGGUUUACAUGGUUGUUAAUAAUUGACUAUAUUUUUUUAAGGAGAAGUUUUAUUUUUAUUGUAUUUUUAAAAUAUUUGAAUAUAAUUGAAAUAAACACGACUUUGAUAAGAAAUUCAAACUCAUCCCUUUUUUAUUUGGCUAAUCAUUCCUUAAUCAAGAAAUAAUUCAACUGCCUUCGACCAAUAGGAAAAGAUAAAAAAUACAAAACUAAAAAUGGAAGGGAUAUACAUAUAUGUGUGUAAGAAAAUCAAGGGACUUGGGGUAAUGUCAAUACUGGAAUAAAAACGCAAUUAAAAAGUAUGAGGUUAAAAUAAUGCAUGUGUUUCUUUUCAAACAAAAGAUUUUUAACUUGUUUUGUUUUAUUAUACCCACGGCGGCCUUAUUAUUGUUUUUACUAUGUUCCAUAAAAAAAUAAAUAUGUUAAUAAAUAUAUCACUGCGAAAUUUCACAUUACAUUAUAACAAGAAGAAGUCUUUGUUUCAUAUUAUGAAGUAGAAUAAUAAAGUUUGAGGCGUUCUAUCCUUCGCCCUUCUCCAAAUUUUAUUUUUGAAGAACAAUAAAGUACAAUUUGCUACAAAAUCUAAUUAACAAUAAAAUAAUUUAUUUUAUAUAACAAAUAUAGUACCGCCUUGAAAACCAUUUCUUAGUUUAGAUAUGUACACAUGAAUCUUUUAUUUUUGUGGUUUUAGUUUCCUACUGAUCAAAACUUUGGGUUGUAAUAUUUAAAAAACAAAUUUAAGGCCAUUACAAAAAAAAGAUGAAGUGCUUCUUCCUAUGUUGAAUACUUUUAGAUAAAAAUGAAUGAGCGAAAUAUUGAAUAUAUUAAGUAUAAACUUUGUUGUUAAAACGUAUUUGUUUCAAAUUAAUUGUUAACUUUCGCUUUCAUUAAUAACAAAUUAAACUAGUAACUCAAAAAUGCAUAGUGCUAUUAAAAUAUUAAAAUAUAAAAAACAAAAACAAAUUAAGAAAGAAAUUCGGUAUUAAAUUGGUAUUGUAUAUUUUCACAAGUAUUUAAGAAUCAAAACCUUAAAAUAAUAAAAAAUGAAGCACUACUUAUGUACGUUUGUAUGCAUUCUGGACACAAUUUAAGAGAAAACUUACUAUUUAAAUUUAUAAUUAUAUCUAUUAUAAUAUAUCUAUAAAAAUCCAAUAUAACAUUAAGAAAAUAUGGCUGUGAUGGUUGUCAAAACAAUUUAUUUAUGGUAGUUCUUGAAUUUACAUUAUUUAUGUUUGUUCUAAAACUUAGAAUAUUUCAAAUACAUAUUUGAUAAGAAUGCUUUUUAAGUACUUUAAGAAGAGCUAUGAACUAAUUGUCAUUUGAUGAUUAACUGCAUUGAGUAAUUAAGCUGUAAAUCAAAAUAUUAUAUUGUUAAACUAAUGAAAAUAAAUUUAUUUUCCUAAUAUAGCAAGA